AUGGCGCUCAGCUCCCGGGCUCACGCCUUCUCGGUGGAAGCCCUGGUGGGCCGCUCGGCCAAGAGGAAGGUGCCGGAGGGGCGCGAUGAGGAGCCCGGCCCCGGCUGCCGUUCGGCCCGCAGAGCCCCCGAAGCGGAGAAGCGGCCCAAGGCCGGCACCGAGGCCCGGCCGACCGGGGUGCAGGUGGAGCUGCAGGGCUCCGAGCUCUGGAGGAGGUUCCACGACAUCGGCACCGAGAUGAUCAUCACCAAGGCCGGCAGGAGGAUGUUCCCGUCGGUGCGGGUGAAGGUGAAGGGGCUGGAUCCGCUGCAGCAAUAUUACAUCGCCAUCGACGUCGUCCCGGUGGACUCCAAAAGAUACAGGUACGUCUAUCACAGCUCGCAAUGGAUGGUGGCGGGGAACACGGACCACUCGUGCAUCACCCCGCGGCUCUACAUCCACCCCGACUCCCCCUGCUCGGGGGAGACCUGGAUGAGGCAAAUCAUCAGCUUCGACAGGGUGAAGCUCACCAACAACGAGAUGGACGACAAGGGGCACAUCAUCCUGCAGUCCAUGCACAAGUACAAGCCCCGCGUCCACAUUAUCGCCCAGGAUUCCCGCUUCGAUCUAGCGCAGAUUCAGUCGCUGCCGGCCGAGGGGGUACAGACCUUCUCCUUCCAGGAGACCGAGUUCACCACCGUGACGGCCUACCAGAACCAGCAGAUCACGAAGCUGAAGAUCGACAGGAAUCCCUUCGCCAAAGGUUUUCGGGACCCCGGCAGGAACAGGGGGGUCCUGGAUGGGCUCCUGGAUUCCUACCCGUGGCGGCCGCCCCUCGCCCUGGAUUUCAAGGCUUUCGGCGCAGACAGCCACGGUGGGAGCUCCAGCUCUUCCCCGGUGACCUCCAGCGGUGGGACCCCCUCUCCUCUGAACCCCCUGCUCUCUCCCUCGUGCUCCCCUCCCACGUUCCACCUGCCAGGGAGCAACAUCGGCGUGUCGUGCCCCGAGACCUUCCUACCCAACCUCAACGUGCCUCUCUACUACAAGAUCUGCCCUACGAGCUUCUUAAGGCAACAGUCCCUCAUCUUUCCGAGCCACAAAAAGCUGGGAGGCACCAACCCACACCUCUUACCCCACUUCAUGGUGGAGGUGCCCAAACUGUCCUCCCUCGGCAUAGCCAACCUGAAAAGCGCCAAAGCCGAAGACUUGAACACUCAGUGCCUGCAAGUGCCCGGCUCCGCUGGUCAAAUGCUGUAUGGAUUACACGCAUCUGGAAACGUUUUCCCAUCAAGUCCCAUUGCUCGGGAAGCACUUAAUUGUUCUUUACAUCCUCCAUAUGGCCUGUAUGGUUAUAACUUCUCCGUGCCAUCCAGACUGAUGAAUGCAGGAGGCCAUUUCAAAGUGAGUGACAGCGGCCCGGCCGCUCUGAGCGACGGCAGAUGUCACCACUCCAGCUGGCACCCCACCAUUAACCACUGCCUUUAGUGGAAUCACAGAAUAUUCCUAAGCAUUGAUAUGUAAAGCAAGUCCUUCCUUCCUUUCAUACCCCUGGACUUGUUAGUUAUUGACUCUGAAAUACUGCGUGGUACAGGAGAGGAAUGUCCAGGCUUUUAACCCUUUUUUUGGUGGGCAGAUGUGUUGUGGUGUUGGGAGGGCAGAGGAUUUGGAAGGGUGCAAGAUCUGGGAAGGUGGAAGAUCUUGGAGCAUGGACAGUCUGAGAUGAUCCACAUCCAAGUGACCGCUUUUGAUCCUGUUUAUGUCACGGUUGUAGGGUAAGAGCAAACUGUACAGUCACCUUUUUGAUAAUUGCACUCUCAAGUGGGACCGGAGGCAUCUGUAUUUCUGCAAAUAUGUUUUCUCUCUCGCUUGCCUUUAAUCAGCUCAGAGCCCUGGGGAGCUGCUGCUCACCCACUCCAAUUUUAUCCCUGGGGAGCUGCUGCUCACCCACUCCAGUUUUAUCCCUAAUUUCAAAGGGACUGUCCGAGA